AUGAUGGAGUUGAGGAUACGGCGGGCUCUACUCGCCGUUUUAUCAUUUUUACCCUGUGCAGUUUACAAUGUCCCAUUGAACGAUCGAUUAGCAUGCACGAAUGGCAAUGUGUGCCAUGUAAAUAAGGAUCAUUUGGACUUUUUCGUCCUUGGCGAUACGGGAGGUAGGAUUAUUAUUAUAAUAUGUUCAAUAUUCCUCCACAAAACAGUGGCAAGAAUGCCACGGUUCCAGAAAGUUCGUAGACUUUUGUGCGGCGAGACCCUUUUCGAAACAUUUUGCACUGUGCAAUUUCUUUUCCCAAUAGUCGCCCAGGUUUCGUUGAAAAAGCCUUGCAUCGCUACGAUAAUGCCUUUGCACGAUGCAAGAGGUCAAAUACCGCCGCAAAAAGAGGUUAUAUGCACGGUGCGUCCUUGACAAAAAGUCUACGCGCUUUCUGAAACGACAAGUAAAUAUUUAUCCACAAAGCAGUAGAAUUUGAAAAAACGGAGUAGUAGCCAGAUUACAUAGAGAUUUUUAUUUCCAGGGAUUUCAUUUGAUGUCACAUCAAACUACCUGAAUUUCAUCAAAGCCACCGAAGCCCAGGAGCGCCUGGCCAAUUCGAUGGCCGAUUUGGCCGGCCGACAAAAGCCCGAUUUCAUUGUGAACGUUGGGGACAACGUGUAUUUCAAUGGAGUUGAUACGGUUUUCGAUUCUCGGUUUGAUGUGAGUUUAUUGCGGGAAAUUUUGAAAAUUGGCUGAAAGAUGGCCCAAAAUGAAAAUAUGAUUUUCGGGGCCUUUUUUAUACUAUCAGUUUGUCGGGAAAAUAAUGAGCACUCUGUCGCGUCGAAAAUUUGUUCUCUCAGAAUCAUUUCCACGAAAAAUCUAUUGUUCCAUGCCAAAAACGAUGGCCAAAAAAGUGGUUUUCUCUCUGACCGCUCUCCGAAUUUCGCGUCCUCUCUAGCUGCAAAAAUCUUUCAAUCUCAUAAAAUAUCAAGCGAUAUUCUCUGUUGCUAUUAAGGCUCUCUUUGUUAGAGAAUAUCAUCUUGUCGGGAAAAUAAUGAGAACUCUGUCGUAUCGAAAAUCGCAUCCGCUGACAAAAAAAAUGAAUUGUGUUGCGAAAAAAUCAAAUCGCUUUUCACUUCAGCGACACGAUCGGCGCAUCGACAUUGUGCUCAUUAUUUCCCCGACAAACUAAAAAACUCUCACUGUGUCUCCAAAAUUUUUUCUUGACAGAAUUUUCCAUCACACACUCAUCAUUUUCAGACCGUAUUCGAAGAGCCUUAUGCUGAUCCCCGGCUGGACGUUCCAUGGUAUAUGAUUGGCGGGAAUCAUGAUCAUUUGGGGAAUAUCUCGGCGCAAAUUGAGUAUACCAAAUACUCGAAUAAAUGGUAAGCAAUUUCUCAGUCUGUCGGGAAAAUAAUGAACACAAUGUUGCUGCAACAAUCGCUGAAGUGAAAAGAAGUUUAAUUUUGUCGCGACACAAUCCAUUUCCUAAGCGGCGAUGUGAUUUUCGUUGCGACAGAGAGCUCAUAAUUUUCCCGACAGACUGAUAAUUUUGAAAAAAUCUCGUUUUCAGGACCUUCCCCAAGCUCUACUACAAGGCCAGCUACUCAUUCGCCGAAGGAACGCGAACCGUGGACAUCCUUUUUAUCGACACGAUUGUGCUUUGUGGCAAUUGUAUCGACGUGAACGGCCGCUCGAUCUUCUCGUGGGCAAUGCAUCGAAAGAAGAUCCCGAAUGAGCCGGAUCCGGAGUGGGCCGUGGAGGCGAAGAAACAAUGGAAAUGGAUUGAAGACGAAUUGAGCGCCUCAAAGUGAGACUUUUUUAUUCUUUUCUGUAAAAAAAACUUACAGGGGAAGUACUCCAAGUGCGACGCUCAGAUUUUGAUGAAACUUGGCACAAGUUUAGAAUAAUUUUUUCUAAAAUAUAUGCGAGAAUCCUAGCUCGCGCUUUGCAGAAACAACCGAGAUUUUUAGAUCGAAAGUCGGCGAAAAUUUAGGACUUUUUGCCGAAUUUCAGCACGAAAAGUUUCGUGCUUAUUUCAACCGUAACGGGUAAUGUUUCAACAAAAAAUCAAAUUUUUCCGCACGAAACUGCCAAAGUUAUGGCCAAAAAGCGCUGCUCUCUCUGACCUCUCUCCACGUUUAGCGUGCUCUCUCGGCGGCAAAAAUCGUUCCAUAUCUCGGCGGCGCCCGCAAAGCGCGAGCUAAAACUUUCAGAAAUUCAUAUUUAGUCCAUAGCCGACGUAUGUGCAAAAUUUAAAGAAAAUCUGAGCGUCGCACUUGGAGUACUUCCCCUGUUAAUAAAAAUUGAGAUUAGUUGACAAAAGCAUUGAUUUUUCUUUUGAUUUCUAGAGCUGACUACUUAUUUGUUGUCGGGCAUUAUCCCAUCUACUCGAUCUCAUCGCAUGGGCCGGCGAAAUGCUUGAUCGAAAAAUUGGACCCACUGCUGAGGGAGUACCAUGUCUCCGCCUACUUUGCUGGUCAUGAUCACACAUUACAGGUGAGGAAAGGCGCUACACGUCAAAAAAAUCUUUCAGAAAAUGAUCCAAUUUUGCGAAGGGCCACAUCUUUUUUUCGAGAUAGAAAAAUUAUUUUCCUCUCCGAAAAAACAUUUUUCUCGAAAAAAAACUUUUUCUCUGGGAAAGUUUUCUUUUGUGACUCGAUAAUUCAGCGACAUGUCGCGACAUUUCGUCAAAGAUCAAUGAUCCGAGAUUCCUUUUUUUUCACUGUUUCUUUGACGUGCGCUACGACUGUUGGGGUCAGCGACAGUUCAGGGAAACGAUACUAUGGAUCAGCCCUUCGUUGUAUACAUCGGGGAGGCUAGGAGAAGGCUUAGCUAGUAGAAAUAAUAAGAUUUAACGGGUUCUAGGAUAGGUUAUCACCUAUUUUAAGGUAUUUUACUACAUGUACUCACAUCAAUAGUAUCCAGAAAAAAGUUGCGGAUCUUCUUUUUUUGCCGUAAAUUUUUGUCUUUGAUAUGUAACAAUAACUCAGGGUAAAGAAAACUAACGUUAGUAAUAGCUAUAAUUAGAAAAAGCGGGCAUAUUGUAAGUCUUCGCCGAGUCUCCGCCGAGCGUCCGUCGACCAUCCAACGGCUUUUCCAUGCCUCAUAGGCACUUUCUACAACCUUUUUUUGAGCCUCCACCUGCCUUACGCCCCGUAUCGGUCGAUUUUGUGUUGACCCGAAAAGUCGGGAUGCGCGAGGAAACUAUCAAAAUUUCUUGAUUGUACAUAGAGUAUAGCUUGCCUAAUCACUAUUUUCCUUUCAGUUCUUCCGCGUGGACAACACCACAAACACCUCUUCAGCUCGAACCUUCGGAGUGAGUCAGACCACCAGCAAAAAAGACCACGAGGUCUUCCUCGGUCGCCCCAACUACUACAAAGACGACGUCAGCACGAUGCACUAUCUGGUUAGUGGCGCCGGCUCUCGAACCGACUUCUCCAGCGAGAAUUGGGGCUCGAAUCCGACGGAGCCCAUCUACUACUACCCCAGAGAUCGCGACGAACCGCUGUGGAAGCGGAUUCUGCACGCGCCCGAGCUGGGCUACGGCUACGGUGGGUUCGUGCGGUUCGAGGUGCGCAACGACACCGCCGACAUGUAUUUCUACGUGAAAGAGUUGGAUAUGGAAUUCCUGGAUUACAUCAAUCGACGGCCCAAUGUCGCCGCCAUCAAGGAUUAG